UGUGGUGACAAAGCGCUAUUAAGCUUUUAAACAAUAAACAAAAGGGGGUUCACUACAAUAAACAAAAAGUUUCUAUUUGGGUCAUCGAGACUAUUUAAUGACAAUAAUAGAGCCAGCUGUUAUUCUUGUUGUAGAUUUGCAGUAGAGUGAAGUGAACAAAUUUUUUAUGUUCACUUUUGUAGAUCUGAAGCUUCUGGAAAUUGUUUAUACAGUUCAGCAUCCUUGUGUUUGGGAAGUAACAAUAUGUUGGUGGACUUGCUACGACUUCUGGUAUCGUUGGAACUUUUUCUCUUCCCAAAUUUUUAUUCCAAUCAUCCUCUAUUUUCUUCCAUCUUUCAAGAGCAGAGAGGUUCUUUCAGUUCUCUGAAAAAUAUUCUAUUUUUCUGUGUUUCCCAUGUUGCUUGUGACAGCAAUAAAGAGGGGGAAGAGCUUAUAAAAGAGGAAGCUGUCUUAAAUUUAAAUGACAAAAACUGGUCAAGUUUCCUUUGCCUUUUAGCUUUGUCCUCAGUUACAGGGAGAAUUAUAUUCUCAUAUUAUCCUGAUAUUGGAGAGGAAAAGUUUAGGGUUUGUAUGAACCAAAAAAUAAUUCCCCGUAAGCAUGUUUCAAUGAAGGCUGAUCUACACAUAAUGUUUUGUUAUGAAGGCCUUAUGUUAUCUUCAAAAUUUCAGUCCAACCAUUUCGUGCCUCUCGUUCAUUCUUCUUUAAAACGAAAGACUGAUCAAUCACUUAAAUUAUGUUUUCCUAAAAAAGUAUUUACUGACGGUAAUAUGUGUGUAGGUGGUAAAUUACAGACAAAACUUAAUUUCUUAACAAAACCUAUAGUUAAAACAUAUGAAUCACCUGCUAUAACUUCCAGUAUUAGCACAAUUUCCAAAAAUUGUUCCACUGUUGAUAGUACAGAACCUGAAAUGGUUUAUGUUUGUGAAAAUGAUGUUGGAUCUUUUCGAAAAAAAGUUGCUAAAUUAAAGGAAAGUGAUAUUCGUAAACUUAUUACAAAUUUAUUCAUUCCAGAUAACACUUACAAUUUCCCUGUCAGUAACAGGAAAUUUCAGUAUAAAUGGCUUUCUGAUUUUUUAUGGCUGGCAUAUUCGCCUACUAUGGAUGGUGCAUUUUGUCUUCCUUGUGUCCUAUUUGGAGACAGAUUUCCCAGUAAAUCUUAUAAGGUCACCAAACUUUUUUCUGAACCUCAAAAACAUUGGCCAGAUGCAGUACCUUCUUUUAAACGUCAUUGUUCGUCUAAGCAGGGUUUACAUGUAAAUACUUCUCUUCUCUUCAAUUCUUUUAUUGAUAAUAUGUCUGGGGCAAGGCCAUCAAUUGACACAUUGAUUGACCAAAAUUUACAGAAAAGUAUUAACGAUAACAGGCAAAAACUGAUUCCAAUCAUUGAUACAAUUAUUUUGUGUGGGCGAAUUGGCAUAGCUUUGCGUGGCCACAGAGAUGGUCCUGAUUCACAACCAAAAAUAGGGGAAUACUCGCAAGGGGGGGCUGGAAAUUUUCGUGAACUUUUAAACUUUAGGGUACGUGCAGGAGACAAUGUAUUAAAAGAACAUUUACAAUCUGCCAGUAAGAAUGCUACAUACAUCUCGAAAACGUCUCAAAAUGCUUUGAUAUCAUGUUGUGGUUCAGUGAUAUCUGACACUAUUGUCAACGAGGUUAAAAGAAGUAAGUUUUUUUCCAUAAUUGCAGAUGAGGCAGCUGAUUGUUCUAAUAAGGAACAAAUGUCUCUGGUUUUACGUUUUGUGGACAGCAGUUGUGAUAUUAGGGAGGAUUUUAUAAGAUAUAUUUAUUGUGAGGAAGGGUUAGCAGGAAAAGAUUUAGCCUCAGUUCUGCUAAAAUGUGUUUCCAAAGAUUUAUCUUUGGAUAUUUUAAAUUGUCGUGGGCAAGGAUAUGAUGGGGCAGGGUCUGUUUCUGGACAUAUAAAUGGACUGUCAGCUCACAUUUUAAGAAUAAAUAGGAAGGUUAUAUACACUCACUGUCACAGCCAUCGUUUAAAUUUAAGUGUUUGUGGCUCAUGCUCCAUCCAAUCUGUUAAAAAUACCCUAGAAAGAGUAAAGGAAUUGUCCUAUUUUUUCAACCUGUCUCAAGUUAGGCAACAGCUCCUAGAGGCAAAUAUUUUACGACAUUGUCCUGAAGCUAAAAAGAAAAAGUUAAUUGAUGUUUGUCGGACUAGAUGGAUUGAACGGAUAAUUGGCUUAGAUAUUUUUCAGGAAUUAUUUGUUGCAAUUGUAUACACUUUGGAGGACAUGAGUAUGAAUCUUGAUAAGAAAUGUAACCGUGAUACUUCUACAAAAGCUACCUCCCUUCUGCAUCUUGUUACUAAUUUUGAUUUUAUUGUUUCACUAGUUGUAACACAGUCAGUAAUGGACUUAUUGUUGCCAGUUACAAAUAUUUUACAAGGAAAAACUAUUGACCUUUUAUCGAGCUUGCAUCUUAUACAAAGUCUUAAAAAUAUGUCCUUAACUAUAAGAGCUUCUGCAAAUGAUUAUCACAACAAUUGGUACAAAGAGGCUGUUUCCCUAGCGUCUACAGUCCGUGUGCAAGAAAAUAGACCUAGAGUUUGUUCUCGGCAGGUACAUAGAAGUAAUGUAUCAGCUGAUACUAUAUCUAGUUACUACCUGCGCAGCUUAACAAUUCCAAUUCUAGAUCACCUAAGCACUGAACUUAGUAAACGAUUUGAACCUAGUUCCUUAGCAGCUUAUGCUGGUCUUGCAGUAAUUCCAUCCAACAUGAUUUCUCUUCUUUACCAUCACCAUCACCAAAAAUCUUGGAAGGAUAACUUCAGAAAUUUUGUUCAGUUUUACGAAGAAGACAUGCCUAAUUCUUUAGCUAUUGAAGCUGAAAUGGACUUGUGGGAAGAAUAUUGGACUUCGUACAAAUUUGAUGCACCAGAUAAUGUUUCCUCUACACUUAAAUUAAUUCAUUUUCCUGGCUUUGAAAAUAUAACUGUGGCCCUAAGAAUUUUAGGCACAUUACCAGUCACCUCAUGUGAAUGUGAAAGGUCCUUUUCUGCACUACGACGAUUAAAAAAUUAUAACCGCAGUACGAUAGACUAAAUGGCUUAGCUCUUCUCCACAUCCAUAAAGAAAUAAACGUUGAUAUAAAUGAAGUUAUAAAUAAAUUUUCCAUUGAUAACAGAAGACUAAAAUUUUAAGACAUGACAUGUUUUGAGAUAUAUAACUAAUGAUAAAGAAAUGUUAAUAGAUAGUACUUACCAUGUUACCCCCCCACCCCGUUAUCUUUUUUACCUCUCUGCUCUUUUUCUCUCUCUCCCCCCUCCCCUCGCCCUUUUUCUUUUCAUCUGAUUGUUAAAUUUUUUAGAUGUGAUUGAUAAGAUUUAGGCUAUUUUCAUAAAUUCUGUAUACAUCCAUGAUAGUAGUAUAAAUAAUAUUCAGUUAAUAAGGUAACAAAACAGCUAGCUGCAAUGAUAAUACUUGUCUAAAGACGGUUAUACUUUAAGUUAAGGUAACAAAACAGCUAGCUGCAAUGAUAAUACUUGUCAGCCUGGUGGGUGCGAGUAUUCCCCUAAUGCAAUGAUAAUAGUAAGUAGGUAAGGGAAGUAGGUAAGGAAAGUAGGUAAGCAAGGGAAGUAGGUAUAGUAAGUAGGUAAGGGAAGUAGGUAAGGGAAGUAGGUAUAGUAAGUAGGUAAGGGAAGUAGGUAAGUAAGUUGGUAUAUAAGGGAGUAUGUUUUUUUAUGCUUCAUGUUGACCUGGUGUACUGAAAUUUAGUUUAAAAUUUUCAGUUUUGAUUGUUGUUCAUUCAUUUAUUCAUUGGUUGGUUUUGACAAUUGAUCAAUUUGACUCAUUUCAUGACAGAUUCAUUUUGUUCAUGGUUGGUUAUAUUACCUGAUGUGCAAGCUGGAAGAAAGAAGAAAGAAGAUUUUGAAUGAAGAAAGAAGAUUUUGACUGGAUUAUUAAUUUAAUCCUCUAAUCUUUAAAAAAUGUUAUUUUUGGAUUUCAUUUAUCUGGAUGUGAAUCUGGAAGAAAGAAGAAAUUUUGCUGGCUGGCUAAUUUUAGCCUAAAUUUUUCUGAAAACAUUAUUUGGCUUUUAUUUAUGAAUUUUAUGGUUGUUUUUUUUUCCAAUAACAUAUAAGAAAUGGACAUGUGAAAGUCCUGUCUGCUGCAUUUUUGAGUGCUGAAAUAGAUUAAUAAGCUAAAGCCCAAGACCCCCAGCUGUUUUAUCACUUCUUCGCUUCGGGGGCUUCGCUUGGCUUCGUGGGCUUCGCUUCGCUUCGCAAAUCCGCCUAAGGAGAAAAAAAUCCUGUAUCCGCCCCUGUAUUUUUAAUAUAUUUUUGAAUGAUUUAUUUUACUUAUUUUAAAUAGUGACCUACAUAAUUACGCAGACGACAAUACGAUAUCAGCUUAUUCAAACACUAUUAAAAAUCUCAUUAAGACUUUAGAAAGGGAAUCCGAAAUUGCCCUUUCUUUGCAAAAUGAUAGCAAAUCCAAACAAAUUUCAUUCGAUCCUUCUAUCAAGAGCCAAAAUUGAAGCUUCAAAUAAACAUUGGCGAUAGAGUCAUACAAUUAGAAAGGUCCGUAAAACUUUUAGGAGUAACAAUUGAUGAUAAAUUAAAUUUCAACUUGCACAUUAGUAAUCUUUGUCGAAAAGCCUCAGCCCAGCUGAAUGCAUUAUUUAGAUUUAAAAAUGUACUAUCUUUGCAAACAAGAUCUAUUUUAGCACAAAGCUUCGUGUAUGCAAAUUUUAUUUAUUGUCUCUUAGUUUGGCAUUUCUCUUCUUCGAAAUCUGAAUCGAAAAUUGAAAAACUCCACAACAGGGCUUUAAGUUUUAUUAAUGAUGACCCAAGACCAGUUGAUUGCCUCCCAAAUAAACAUUAUAUGGAAUUACUAAGGCACAGACAUUUAUGCAUAGAAAUAUUUAAAAUUCGGAGAAACAUCAGUCCUUCUUUCAUAAAAGAUAUUUUACUUUUUGAGGAAACUGAUAGGCCGGUAAGAAGUCAAAACAUGAACAACCUAAAAACCAUCAGUGUAAAAACAAGCACCUUUGGUCUAAACAGUUUGCGAUGUUUAGCCCCAAAAGUUUGGAAUAAACUUCCUUUUCAUACGAAGAGUUGCGAAGAUCUAGUUAAAUUUAAGCAAAUGAUUAAAAAAUGGAAUGGUUCUCACUGUUCAUGCACAGAGUGUCGGCAAUUGAUUCCAUAACUUGCGUAAUCAAUACGAAAAUGGGAGAGGGGGAAUGUUUAUCUUUUAUUAAUUAUUUAUUCAUUAUUUAUUCAUUAUAGUUUUCAUCUAAAUUGUAAAUAUAUAAAAAUAUUUGGUCGGUUUUGAUUAUUUUUUUGCAAAAUAUUAUUUUUUUUAAAGAACUAUUGUAUAUAAUAACCGACGGUAAAUAAAUUAAAUCAAUCAAUCAA